GAACACAGUGAUCCGAUAAGAACCUUUACAACAUGCUAGCCUGCAAGCUUCUUCUCGCGUUGGUCAUGGGAAUGCACUGCAUUCAAUUGUUGAUGGCGGCCUGCGUGUGCUCCGAAAAGGGAACGGACUACUGCCAAAGCUGUCAGGGAUCCACGGUCAUCCGGCCGAAGCCCCGAUACUACGAGCCCAGUGACGUUAACCUGCCGCCGAUCGGAGACAACUGCUGGUGCAGCAAGCAGCUGAUCGAACCCGCCCAACUGCCCAAGACCUGCGGAAAAGUACGUGAGCUGUUCCAAUACAUGAACGCCUUCAACAACCUCUUGGGCCGUCGGAUGCUCGAGGGCGCCAUCGAAGCCAAGACGCUGGCGGCACAGCGUCUGGCCGAACGGCUGCAGCGUCUGGAGCGGAUCGACUGCUUCAAGAGGGGCACCACGCCAUGCAAGCCCACCUGUUCGUGCCAGCAGAUCAGCUCCGACAGCAGCUACGCCUCCUCUUCCAGCUCAGGAUCCGUGUACGGAAAAAUCGACUAUGCCGCAGAGAAGAUAGUGGACAACAGUCCAGCUGCGGAUCCCAUCAGCGUGAGUCUGGCCGCCCAGGCUGGAAAGGCCAUCAAUGUGCCGGAGGCCAAGUUGGCCUACGGAUUUGCCCAGAAGCCCGUCGAUGGUGAGAAAAAGGUGGUGUUCUCCAACGUGCCCGAGGAGAAUCUCUUCAAGCUGAAGAGCGACGUGAUCACGCUGAAGAAGCGCACCUAUGCGACCAAGCAGGAGGAUGAGGAGGAGUACGCCGAGGAGGAGCAGGAGCAGGAACAGUCCUCCGAUGAUGAGGAGGCACCGCAACUCACCUACAAACAGCUGGGCUACAUCACCGAGCAAUACAAGAACCCCAAGUUCAGGAAGAUCAGCAGUUCCAGCUCCAGUUAUGCGUACAAGGACUACAAGGAUUCCAGCGAGAGCGGCUACGGUAAAGUGGCCGGCAAGGUGUCCGUGGACUGUGGCUUCAAGCCCGGCCGGAUCACCUCGUACCGGAAGUCAAAACGAGAGGAGUCCGACGACGGUUACUACUGAAUCAAACCCAUCCCCCCAUCCAAUCCAAUUCCAAUCCUUACGUUUGUAAAUAUGUAUAUACGCCAAGGAGAGAAUGGAUGUUUGUCUAAGUUAGUCUUAAAAAAUAUACAUACGUUUUU